CUUUCAUUUUGAAAUCCCCAAAGCGGAAGCAGCUAAACAAAACCCAAAACGUCAACAACAGAGACCCAAACAAACAUGGCCGCUCGUGUAUGAAACGUUCAUGUUUGAAUGCGAACGCUUGUGCAUUCUCCAAGUGUCACGUUAGUGAAGUUGAGGACGCGAAAGUGUGUGUUUUGGCCAUGAAGAGCUUGGCGGCGUUCCACUCGCAGCUGGCGGCCAUCAUGGAGGCUCUGACCCGGGCCGCCGUGGCCGAAAUCUGCGACCUGGUGGACGACAGCUACGCCGUCUUCCACAUGGAGAUCAGCCGCAGCCGCAAGGAGAACGACGAGCUCCGCCGGAAGCUGGAGCUCAUUGAGACCAUCGUCGCCCGCCGACACGGCGGCGGCGGAGAGGGGACAGCCGCCGUCGUGGGCCCCGGGAGCCCGGAGCCGCCCAACGAGGAGCCCGAGGACGGCGUGUUUGACCGGUUGCCAAACGGCUGCAACGGGCGGCGAGGAGAACCCCAUUUGUCAUCGAAGCCAACAGCAGAAGCCACGCCGUCGGCUGCGGAGGAUGCUUCGUGCGCAGACGAUUCGAGGAGCGGAGACGACCUAUUUGUAGUCAAACAGGAAGACGUGAGCGGGAAGGACGAUGCCAGCGAGGUGCUACUGGAGGACGACGGAGCAGAAGUGGUGCCCUCGCAGACGAAGCGUGAAGACGGUCCUUCCAGAAUAGUCGCCACCAGCUCGUCAUCUGACCCCAAUCCUUGGGAACAAAACAUCAACGUGCCGCCUCAAGGUUCACACAGCUUUCCGGGCUCUCCCGGUCCCACGGGUAGUGCCGGAGACACCUCGUCAGAUCUGGUCUACGACUUGGCGUCCGAAUCCGACGGUGAAAUCUCAUCCACAAGGAAAAGCUCGGCCUUUAUUUUGGGAAGUCCGAACCCGGCCGUCGCUUUACAAGGCUCCCGACCUGGCGGCGCCGAGCUGGACCUCUGCUCUUCGUGGGCCAAUCAGGGCCUGCCCAGCAUCCUGGCCCUGCCCCACCGACACCCAUCUGACUCGAACGCCACCUUCCCGUUGGCUCUGGGCAUAGCGGGGCCGCAAUUGGACGCUCUAGACCAGAACAUCUUCUGCAGGGACCGUCGUUUCGUGUGCAACUACUGCGGAAAAUGGUUCUCGUCGGCACGUAGCCUGGAGACACAUGUGCGCAUCCACACAGGCGAGCGGCCGUACAGCUGCAGCCAGUGCGGAAAGCGCUUUACGCAGUCAGGCCACCUGAAGACGCACCAGAGCGUCCACACAGGUGAGCGACCGUUUGCCUGCCACCGUUGCGCCAAGAGGUUUGCAGGUAAGCAGAACCUCAGGAUUCACCUGCAGAAGCACCACCCGGGACCACCUGGCAGCCCCCCGCCACAACAGGAAGGGUGAGCCUGUUUUCUGGGAGGACUCACCAAACUAAAGGUUGAUGAUUAUUUUAGACAUUUCAGUGAUGAAAAUGUAACCUCAAGAAGACCUCACAGCAUUGUGGAUUGGUGGAGGAAUUAAGUGUGUGUGAGAGAGUAUGUGUAUGUUUGUAUGAAUUAGCCUGAGUAAGUUAGGGCUGGGUAUUGUUAAGAACCUCACGAUUCGAUUUGAUUUAGAUUCUUCAGAGCGUAAUUCAGUUUGAUUCUGAUUGUUUAGCUUAGAUUGUUUAGAUUCAAUUUCAAUUCUUUAGGUUGUGAUUUGUUUGCCAGAUUUAGAUUCUUCAGUUGCAAUUCAAUUAGAUUUCGAGUUAUAAUUUAUUUAAGAGCUUUAGGAUGUUCAUACGGUGGCCGACUGGUUAGCACAUCUGCCUUACAGUUUUGAGGACUCGAGUUCAAAUCCGGCCUCGCCUGUGUGGAGUUUGCAUGUUCUCCCUGUGACUGCGUGGGUUUUCUCCGGGCACUCCGGUUUCCUCCCACAUCCCAAAAACAUGCAUGAAUUGGAGACUCUAAAUUGCCCGUAGGUGUGAAUGUGAGUGUGAAUGGUUGUUUGUUUGUAUGUGCCCUGCAAUUGGCUGGCGACCGGUUCAGGGUGUACCCGGCUCCCGCCUGAAGAUAGCUGGGAUCGGCUCCAGCAGCCCGCGAUCCUAGUGAUAAGCUGUUAAGAAAAUGGAUGGAUGGAUGCAUGGUAGAUUAUUUGACGACUCUAAAUUGCCCAUAGGUGUGCAUGUGAGUGUGAAUGAUUGUCUAUAUGUGCCCUAUGAUUGGCUGGCGACCAGUUCAGUGUGUACCCUGCCUCUCGCCCAAUCACCUGAGAUAGGCGCCAGCACACCCGCGACCCUAGUGAAGAUAAACGGUGCGGAAAACGGAGGGAUGAGUGAAGGAUGUUCAUGCAGCAACCUGCACUUUUGUCCACUGCAAAUUUGAAAUGUCCUUUUUUAUGAAUAGAGCAGCUGAAAUAAGUAUUUAACACGUCCCCAUUUUACUCACUAAAUAUACUUCUAAAGGUGCCAUUGACAUGAAAAUCCAUACAUACAAAUAAGAUCAGAAAUUAAGUUAUGUGUAAAAAUGGGAAAUGACACAGGGAAAUGUAUUGAACACAUGAAGAAAGGGAGGUGCAAAAAGGCAUGGAAAGCCAGGACAACACCUACAAUCUAUCAAUAAUCAAACAGCAAUCCAACCCCUUCAGCUGGUUCAGUGCUAAUUGAUGGCCUACAAAAAGGUCUCAUUGCCAAGGUGUGAGUUAAGACACAGCUCAUGAUGGGUAAGAGCAAAGAGCUGUCUCAAGCCCAUCACAAACAAAUUAUUGCAAAACAAAACGAUGGCAUUGGUUACAGGCGCAUAGCUAAGCUUCUGAACGUUCCAGUGAACACGGUUGGGACCAUAAUACGUAAGUGGAAAGCCAUACCACCAUAAAUGUGCCUCGAUCAGGUACUUCUCGCACAAUUUCUGACAGAGGAGUGCAAAGAAUAAUCAGAAGAGUUGUCCAAGAGCCAAGGACCACCUGUGGAGAGCUUCAAAAAGACCUGGAUUUAGUAGGUACUGUUGUCACAAGGAAAACAGUGAGGAAUCCACUCCGCCGCCAUGGCCUGUAUGCACGCUCACCACGCAAGACCCCAUUGCUAGAAAAAAAUCAUGUCAAAGUUCGUUUAAAGUUUGCUGAACAACAUUUGAACAACCCAGUUAAAUACUGGGACAAUAUAGUCUGGUCUGAUUAGACCAAAUUGAACUGUUUGGAUGCUGUAAUGCACACCACGUUUGGAGGAGAAAUGGCACUGUACAUCGCCCUAAAAAUACCACACCAAGAGUGAAGUUUAGAGGUCGGACCAUGAUGGUUUGGGGCUGCUUUUCAGAAAAUAGUACUGGUAAACUUGACAUUACUGAGGGACGCGUGAAUGGGCAAAUGUGCUGAGAAAUUCUUGACAAAAAUCUUCUGCCAUCUACAAGGAUGAUGAAAAUGUACUGAGGGUGGACAUUACAGCAGGAUACUGAUCCAAAACAUACUGCUGAGGAAACUCUCAGUUGAUUUCAAAGAAAAAAAUAAAGCUGCUAGAAUGGCCGAGCCAAUCACCUGACUUGAAUCCAAUAGAAAAUGUAUGGAAAGAACUGAAACUCAAGGUCCAUAAAAGAACCCCACAGAACCUUCAAGAUUUGAAGACUGCUUUUGUGGAGGAAUGGGCCAAAAUCACACAAGAGCAGUGCAUGUGACUAGUUUCUCCAUACAGGAGAUGUCUUGAACCUGUCAUUGCAAAGAAAGGCUUUUGUAUGUUUUUAAUAAAUACCAGUUGGCGUGUUCAA